CGUGAGGGACGCCACGAAUUCCGUUUGGAGGCAUCUUUGAACUCGCGGAGUGGACACCAUGAGCAAAGCUCACCCUCCCGAGUUGAAAAAAUUUAUGGACAAGAAAUUGUCAUUGAAAUUAAAUGGUGGCAGGCAUGUCCAAGGAAUAUUGCGGGGGUUCGAUCCGUUUAUGAAUCUUGUGAUAGAUGAAUGUGUGGAGAUGGCAACUAGUGGGCAACAGAAUAAUAUUGGAAUGGUGGUAAUACGAGGAAAUAGUAUCAUCAUGUUAGAAGCCUUGGAGCGAGUAUAAACAAUGGGUGUGUUCAUCAGAAGAAAUCAACUGCUUCCACAUGUCCCCUCCAUAGUACCUGUUUUACUACAAUAUAAAAAUCAGGUCGUGUGCAUUUUCAUACUGAACUUUUUUGUUAAAUAAACUUUUAUAAUAG